CUCCGCGCUCCGCCCGGCCCCAGGAACCGCCCGGGCCCAGGAACCGCCCGGGCCCAGGAGCCGCCCAGGCGGCGCGGCCCGAGGGACGGGGCUGGCCUCGGCGGCUGCGGGGCGGCUGCUCCGGGCAAGUCGGCCGGGGCGUCGUGCGGUCGGGACCGCCCCGGCUCGGAGGCGGGCUCGCCCCGCGCAGCUCCGUGACGGGACGUCAGAGACUGGCGGAAGGAUGUGCCGCUAGCGCCGUCGCGGCGUGGCUGAAGUUAAGUGUGAACUCCGCAGGCCCUGAAGUGUUGGAGCCGGGAGCCUCCGCCAGCCCCGCUGUGCGGGCCCGUGCCUGGGAGAGACGUUCCCGGUCCGGGUUCGUGCGCCUUCGGCUGGCCCCGUGCGUGGGAGCGUUGCCGCGCAUGCAAAGAUCAUAUCACAGGCAUGUGAAACACUGGAACGUCCAGUCAUUGCACCAAAGACAAGACAAUGAUAUUAUUUCAGACUCCUCGUGCGUCAAGAGCUUGCUUUCACAGAAACUAUGUGAUGCUCUUAAAAGGGAAGACGUGAGGAGAAAACAAACUAUGAAAGUAUUGGUUAUUGGCCUUGGGGGUGUAACAAAUGGAGGGAAAACAACAUUAGCAGAAAAACUUAAGAAUAUGCUUCCUAACUGUGAUGUAAUCUCUCAAGAUGACUUCUUUAAGCCAGAGUCUGAAGUAGAAACAGAUGAACGUGGAUUUAAGCUAUAUGAUGUACUUGAUGCCCUCUAUAUGGAUGAAAUGGUGACAAGUAUUCGAAAUUGGAUAAAAAGCCCAGCAAGCUCAGGUGUUGUGAAAGAAGAGACAGAGAAUACAUCUGACAAUCUGAAAAAUGUUUAUAUUUUGAUUGUUGAAGGCUUUCUCCUUUACAAUUAUGAGCCACUUAAUGAACUAUGGAAUAGAAGAUAUUUUUUGACCCUUCCUUAUGAAGAGUGCAAAAGGAGAAGGAGUACCAGAGUCUAUCAGCCAGCAGAUACACCAGGGUACUUCGAUGGACAUGUGUGGCCUAUGUAUUUGAAAUAUAAAAAUGAAUUGGAAGAGAAUGCAAGUAUGCAAGUUGAUUAUUUGGAUGGAACAAAAUCCCAAGAGGAGCUUUUAUCCUAUGUGUAUAGUGAUAUAAUACAGGAAUUAAACAAGCUGAGGGAAGAAAAUCAGCAGGUCACAGCAUGACAGUGUAGAAAUCCUGGGUUCCAUUUGAUACGAGUUGAAAACACCAAGAGAGUCGUAUAUGGCAAGCCAACCAACUGAGCAAAUGUUGUGCGUAUGACCAUAAUGCUACUUCAUAUAACACAAGAGAUUUUGUAAGUAAUUAACUCUCUCUUGGAUAUGGAGACAGAGACUCCAUUUAGGAGUAUGAAAACUGCAUUCUAUCAAUUUCCUUUUAUCAAUCCUGCUUUGGUUGAGCUUUAAAUCUGAUUGAAUGUGUACAUUUUAAAGAACAUGAAGAUUUUUGUGCAUAAAACUAAACCAUAAAGAUGCACUUCUGUUGGAUUAAUAAGCAUAUCUGAACAUGCAUGAUUGCAAUUUGAAAUGAUCAUAAGAAUGAUAGUGAUUGCCUCUAAUAUUCUUAGGAGCAUAUUAUCACUGAUAAACAUGCUCAGAGAAACUAGUUGUGUAAGUUGCUGUGCUGCUUAUUCAGUAACUGAAUACAUCACAGCUAAACUUAUUUAGACUUGCUAAAUACCUCUCUGGUGUUUGCACUGUCGUUUUUGUGUUGUAUAUUGUUUAGAGCAGUUGGGAAUAGAUGUUAAGAAAAUGAAAAUAAGCCUGAAGAGGACUCUGAUUGUUGGACAAGGUUGGAGAUGUAUCAUUAACAAGAUAUAGUACAUAAAUUGUGCAGAGAUUGACUGGGAUGGCACAGACAACUAGAUAAUAAAUCCAUGCUUCAGGGAGGAAGAAGGAAGAAAUAAUUGUUAUUAUUUCUUUAAUUUUUAUUAUUUCUUUUUCUAACAUUCGUAACUCACGUUGAAAGUGAAAUGAAACUGAAAUGUUGUGAAUGACAUGUUCAGAAAGCAGGAAUGCCAGACAAAUGGGAAAGCUUUGUUAUAGAAUUUGUGUAUAUAUAUUUACACAAACUAGGAAAUUGGAUCAUAUUUUGUUGCUGAAUAAAUUAUGUCCUAACUCUUAUAUUUUCUAGACAAUACGUUACAUUUUUAUAAGCCAGAAUAAAAAUAAAACUGCAGACAUGGAAAGGAAAGGAUGAGUUUUAUUACUCGAUAUGUGACAGCUGAACUGGUCAGUGAUUGAAAUGUAGUACUUUAUUGUAAAACUCCUAAAUCUAUGUAUAAGAAAAAGAUGUUAUCAGAUUACAGCUGUGUUUAAAACAAAGUGCUUUCAAAUAUAAUUUUGUACUACUA